GAAAUGCGCGGCAACUUCAACUUCCACUUUAGUCCGUGCAACUGUACGUAUGUAAAUACAGCCAUCUGCCUAUAUGUACACUAGUUCUAUCUGUGUAAGUCGUAUGUAGCAAGGCGUAUUGACGUAUCGGACACUUGCACCCAGACGGCCAACCUAAACCUAUGCGCAUACAGCUGUAGGCUACGAUUGGGUGAGCCGGUCUACAGUCCUCACACUUCUGUGUUAUAAAUACAAACGCUUCACUAUGGGGACACACACACUAAUCGCCCGAGGGGCAAGCAUGGCUAAGGCUUCGACAAAAUGUGCGUUACCAUACAUAAAGAGCGCUACAGCAACAAGGAUAGCUAAGACUACUACACUUGGAAAUGUGACCGUACGUUACGCAUCAGCCACCGCAGCAGCGGCUGAUGUCAAACAAGCCACUCGUAAGGCUGCACGUUCAACUGCACGUUCAGCCGAGGCCCAGGCAAGCCGGGACCUAACUAGAAAUAGACACGUGACCGAGUCACAUGUAGCACUCCAGGGUGUACGUUUAGGGUAUAGUCGGAAGGGGGAAGAACAACAAGUGCUUGUGUCUUCACAUCCACCUAUGAAGGUUUAUAAUUUGCAGACCCAGGUGCUCACACACACGCUCGUAAAACAGUUGCGAACGGAAUUGCGUGCAAAUAAUCUGGACACGGAUGGCACACGUGUCAUAGUCCUACGUCAAGAACCCGCAAACAAAGGCCCCACACUGCUAGAGAGUGAGCAUUCCAUUAGCAAGACGAACAGCCUGGCGCUGCGCAACCAGUUUGAGCUGUGCGAUGACCUGCUGCAUUCACGGCCUGUGUUUGCUGUGAUAGAGGGCCAUGUCACCGAUGCUGGCGCUGCUGUGGCUGCUAGUUGCUACCACCGCGUAGCCACUAACAACUCGUCCUUCCAGGCCAGAAGUCAAAAUUCCGGGCUAGUGCACGGUGGCAUGUUACCGCUGCUGGCUUCAUUGGAUAACUAUAUGGCCGAGUAUCUGGUACUGACAGGCGCCACUCUGCACGGACAAGAUCUGUUCACCAGUGGUCUUUCAACCGUGUAUGUUCCCUACGAGCGUCUAGAGCUCUUGUACCAGCGCCUGCCCAUGCUACUGUCUAUCUCACCGGAUACCAUCCAGGCGGUACUGUGCGAGUUCGCCGAAGCCGGGCCCGCCGACGGCACCUUGGAUUUUAAGAAAAUGGAGAUGAUCAAAUCAGUGUUCCACUCGCGACACACAACCAUCCACGAAGUCAUGGAGAGUCUCAAAAAGGUCACUCGAUCUCGUGAAAUAAUGGAGGCCAGAAUGCCGACUAUGAUCGACGAGGAGACACUCAUGAGCGAAGUCCACAACAGCCACGAGCAGUUUGCCAUCAACACCUACAACCAAAUCAGACACAACUUACUCGACCCACAGGUCGAGAAGGAACUUGAGAUCACUCUGCGCAUGAUUCGAGAGGCGCGGCAGUUGUCCAUGCAGUCACGAUUGAAGUAUUUCUUCAGACUGCAGACCAAUGUGAAGAAGAUGGGUCUCAACCGCGAGUUCGCCGACUAUCGCCGGCCCUUACCAGCUGAGCAUGAGCUGUGUCUGCCCGUCCACGCCGCACUGGAACAGAAGAUGGCUAAGGUGGCACGCACCAUCGACGAUGUGGCUGAGGACGCCAUUCUCAAGCACCUGAACAAGUUUGGGGACCGGUACGGGGGUGAGCAGUCUGGCUUUGCUACUAAGUUCCUGAAGGACUCUCUGGGCGAGAGGGCAUACGCCUCGAUCCCAGCAAAUAUGAGACCCAAACGUGAGCCAGUCGGCCAGACCGGAUUUGUGGAUGAAACAGGCGCAAUCCAUGUUGAACAGCCAGCUGUGGGGGGAACCGAAGCCGAUUCCAAACAUCCCAAGGACACGAGUACAGUCGAGUUGAACGAACAGGGUGAGCCUUUGGUAACGUAUGAACUGACUGAAAGUGGUGCUCUUGAAGUGCGUGAUCAUGGUACGCAGGAUGACAUCACUAUUGAAAUCAGUGACAUGGAGGAUAGUGCUGACGAGGGGGCGGCCACCGCUGCACCAUACGGCCAUGAGGUGGACAUCCCCCUCUACCGAAAGGACGACGGCCCAGCGGACGAGAGUGACAAGAGCGAAGGCAUGCUGAUGGAUGAGAUCAACGUGUUCCAUACACCGGGAGCCAAGGGAGUCAUCACACACUCAGAGUUCUGGCACGCCGUCUCCAUGGUCAAGCGCCGGAAAAAGAACAAGUACGGCUUGGGCUUCUGCUCACAGUUCGAUAUUCUGCGUCGCCUGUCCCACAGACUUCAGAUUCCUGGGAAUCGCGCUCAGCUCGAUUCGCUGUUCAGUGUAGACGAUCGCAGAUUACAACACGAGAAGGUCCUGUACUCCGUGGAUAGGGAAGAGCGAGCCAACAUGCUCAAGAAGCAAGUCGAGGAAGAACAGCAUCUGCUCAACCAGAGUCGCCAGCAGAUUGUGGACAUCAAGCGGAACAAGCUCAAGGCUAAGCGCAAACGGUACCUCGACAGAAAGAAGGCGCAGUAAGAGGUGUGGCAGCAUUGGGCUGGGUACAUGCAAGAGAAACGGGUGAAUGGCAGAGGGGUGAGAAGAGGGACGAGAACAUAGCUGUGGUAGUAGAGAUGACUCGGGAGUUCUUCUCGUGACCUGAGCUCGUUGGAGAGGUGCUGUAUUUUAAUCGCUACUACAGUCGCAAUAAACUCAUUACUUGUGGUAAUCCGUGUGCGAUAUUGGGAUAGAUGUCGGAACACUGAAGGGGAUAUACUGUGAUAGUCUCAGCGUGCAAAAGUGAAAUAAACAGAUAUGGUGGCACACCGUAGCCUUUGAAGCUAUCUCAGCUCGUACCGCAAAACUGGUACAAAGUGAAAGUUUCCCCAUGAACAAACAAAACGUAUUCAAAAUAAGUCAUGUAUUCAAGUUCAAAUCGGACAGUGAUGAC